UCUGAAGAUUUCAAUACGACAACAAGGAAGAUAUAAUGCCGCCGUCUUCUGUAAUUGUCGACAGGGUGCACGCUUCGGUUGAUUUCCUUGAUUUAUCGUGUUUUACUAGUUAAACGAUAAACAUGUUUAUAUCUUCGGUUUUGAUUGUUAUUGGAUUUAUUCACUUUACAGGUUCAGAACCAAUAUUAAUUUCAAAUGCAACAUUCGUAGAUGCCAAAGCUGCAUUAAAGUUGACAUGUACUCAUUACACAGCGAGUAUGAUGAGUUGGUGGCUCAAGCAAGUUAGUGGUAAUAACUUUGAAAAGGUCCUCACAGCUUCUUCCGUUGGCUUUUCAUGCUGGUUUAUCCCUGACACUUUACCUGACGUGUUUGCUGGCUGUGACUGUGAAGGAUCCACGUUUAACUGCACCCUGAAAUCACUAUCACGGAACAAUGAUGGGGACAAAUGGAAGUGCGCUACUGCUAAACAGCGGGAAUUUUUCAGUCAGGAAUUAACAAUUGCUGUGGCAGAGCCUGUGAGUAAUGUAACGUUGACGCCAGACCUACCAAUGAUUUCUGUCUUACAAAAUGUACCAAUCAACUUCAUCAAAUGUGAAUCAUCAGAAGGUCGUCCUACCCCCCAUCAUAACUUGGUAUAUGGACAAAGACACCCCCUCGGAUUACAACGAUGAUAUAAAUAUCACUGACAAAAGCGUAAGUAAUGUUGCAGGAGAUCGGACGACAAGCACUCUGACAAUCACUCCUUCACAGGAACAGCACGGGGCAAUUAUAUACUGCAAAGUCUCAAAUGGGUACGGGUCGAUCAUAUCAGACAGGAAAUCCCGUAUUGACGUGUUGGUUCCAGUUGUUAUACGACCAAUUGAUAAUGCAACGGUGUUACAAAACAAGGCCUUGUCUGUCACGUGUCUCUACACUGAAGGAAACCCACCUAGGACGAGUGUCACGUGGAUACAAGUAAAAACAUCUCGCGUUGUCGGAGUCGAGCAAACGCUUACGAUUCCAAAUAUGCAAAUCACUGAUGAAGGAUAUUAUAAGUGCAGAGUCAACAACACUUUGGAACCUUCAGGUUGCUGUGCACAGACGCCUUACGAUGAAACCAUGUUUUACGUUGAUGUACAAUUUUUAGGUAACGGAUCCUAUCCAUCGGUCUGGGCUGCAGUAGGAGGGGCUGUAGGUGGAGCUGUCAUGAUAGUCGUGUUUGGGCUUUUAAUAUAUUGGAAGAAAUUUAAACGUAAUCCACCCGCAGUUGCUCAAGUACGAUGAUUUAUUCAAUGGACAAUUCCCAGAACAGAAGCUAGUACGAAACACUCGCUGAAACUUCUUUUCAUGAAUAUUCGGCCAUAACACCAGGCGACAUACAACAGCGAAAUGUUAUAGAACGUGUAUCUGAUGUUUUAGAUAAUGAUUGUGGAACGGUGAAGGAACAAAAAACACCUAUGUAAAUUUAGUAUUAUCAAACAAUGAAACUUCAAUGUACAUGUUGUUCUUAGAGUGGCAACAUAAUGAUAAUGAAUCAUGCAAUUAAACAACUUACCAAAUGACGUAUAUUGUAAUACACUUUGUAGUGUUGGGUAUCUACAAAUAGUAUGCAUGUAUAUACUGUCCAUGAUAUGUUAAUAAUUUGUUUAAGAAUCAAUUGUUAAUUGGUUACCACAAUUAUUCUAUAAUGAAACAUAUAGAAACUCUUAACAAAUCACGUUUUGAAUAUUAAGAUUAUGAACUCACAAUUCAGCUUUUUUCUUAACAAUACACAAAGUUUAAAUGAACCAGUAAAUAAAAUGUGAAACAUAUAUGGUUUGACUUCUUUACACAAUUAUUUUUACCGGCAAAAAUGGAAUUAUUCCUAGUUAAAAAUAAGUUAUCAACUACCAUUCAUCAACGAGAAUAUUUAACACCCCAGUAACAGAUCAUACAAUUGUUAAUUGCGUAUAUUAUAUAUUUACUCUUAUUUGAAAGCCAUCAUUCACAUGUUAAGUUGAUGACAACUCUUCUUGAACAAUAAACAACUUGUGCAUAACAAUUUA